AUGUAGCUAGGUUCGGCCGAAGUGCCAUCCAUGGAUCCAAGGGUGGGGUGGACAAUUGAUGAUACUCACUCUCGGCGCGCAAAGGAAGCCCACAACAGUGUUGAUUUCGGUUGCGCACCGACGACAUCGAGGAUUUGCAUAUAAAUAUCCACAUACACGUAAUGGCACUUCCAGUAGGAGAAUAGUUUUUAAGGGUGGAUCACUUCCACUUAAUCAAAGGGACUCUUCAAGCUCUAAAGUGAUAAUUGAUCGGUUGUUAUUGUUAAGAAAAAUAUUAAGUGUAAGAAUAAAAUGAAAUCCAUUAUUGUAAUAAGUGCAUUGGUGUUGGUAUGUGCCUACGGAGCUCCUCAAGGACCAGAUGUGGAGCCAAUUCCCAUUAUACGACAGGAGCAAGAGGUGAAUCCGGAUGGCUCAUAUCGGUGGAGCUAUGAGACCGGCAAUGGCAUUACUGCAGAAGAGCAAGGUUUUCUAAAAAAUGCCGGCUCCGAACAAGAAGCACAGGUUGCGCAAGGUGAAUACUCGUACACGGCACCGGACGGCCAGCUGAUCAGGGUGCAGUACAUAGCCGAUGAGAACGGAUUCCAGCCAAUCGGUGAUCACCUGCCGACUCCACCUCCCAUCCCACCGGCAAUCCAAAGGGCACUGGAAUACCUGGCCAGUCAGCCACCCAGUGAUUCUCGAAGGUUCUAGACUCUAAAAAACAGUCAUGCCAUUUCUAUUUCUAUUUUCUCGAAAACUAUUUUAAAACUUUAUAAUGAAAUGUUACAUAAAUUCUUUUGUUUGUGAAUAAAGUGUAAAGAAAUUUUAA